AUGGAAGAAGAAUCAACUACAGAUCGACGUUUCUUUAAAGAUAUCUUGACGGACAAAGAUGCGCUGCUCUACCAUCCAUGGCGGUUCUUCGUCAUUGUCAAGCUCAUAGGGAGGAAGACAACCCAUCAGAUCCUCAAAGCAAAAAUUAAUGAUUUAUGGAGACCAUCGGAACCCUUGAUGCUCAUAAAUCCGGGUCACGACUUCUUUACAGUAAAAUUAAGUAAGGAGGAGAAUAUGAGCAAAGCUCUGCAUGAAGGUCCUUGGUUCGUCUUCGGCGGAUUUCUAUCGGUUAUCAAAUGGGAGCCUAACUUCGUACCAUCGGAAUCAACCCUAACACACAUGGCCAUCUGGGUCAGACUUCCAUGCCUUCCGACAGAUUUCUAUGACAGACAGAUACUCGAAAAGGUCGGGAACAACCUGGGGUCGCUCCUCAAGAUCAAUUCUUGUACAUCGUCAACUCUAAGGGGAAGAUAUGCCCGAUUAUGCAUCCAAGUUCCCCUGAACUUGCCUGUCAAAAAAACAAUCACCAUUGAAGACCACAUUCAACCAGUAGAGUAUGAAGGCCUUGGGAUUCUGUGUACCGGUUGCGGAAGAACGGGACACUCACUGAAGGAAUGUACGGCAAAUAUUACAAACAUCCCGUCCUAA